GGGGAGGGGGGAAGGCUAUUCCACAGCUUAGGACUCUAAAAAAGCAUGAAGGCAAUGCCAUGUGAGCAAGGUCUUGCAAAGACCAAGAGAAAUAAUGGAAUGCAGAGCCACUCCGGAUCAUAAAGAUGGAGCAGGGAAGGACGUCGGGAUGCCUCUUGUUGUCUGAAGGAAAACGAAUUGUUCAGCAGUGACUGGAGCCGUAUAAAGAUACAGCGAGAGCUGAGCUGGCACUUUUGGGUGACUCCAUACUUGUGUAGCUAGAAUCGUUAGGAAAUGACCGAGUAAGAGCAGCUCUCGGUGUUAAACAGGCACCACCCAGUUGGUGCCACCACCCAGCAAGGAAUUGCAUUUGGCUGGUUUUUCAGAGCUGAGCCCCCGGGCGGAGGCGCACUCUCCCCCUCGGGCCGGGCCGGGCGAGUGGCCGUGUCCCCUCUGCAGGCGGCCGGUCCCCGGCGGGGCUGACGCAGCUCCCCGCCCUCUGCCCAAGGUACGAACCCUUCCUGGGAUGCACCAGGAGCUGCUGGCCGCUCCGGCGUCCUCAGCCAUGAUAGAUUGGGACCUGAUGCCCGGUGUUCUUCAUGCUGUGUGACUGCCAGGGACAUUUGACUUCCUGUGCUCGGGCUCCUUGAAAUUCUCAUUUGCUAACUCACACCCUGAUCCCUUCACACCAGGGCUCUUUUAUUGCUUUAUAACCAUCCUUAAACUUCCAUUCCUCAAAGAUCUCAUUGUGGCGGGCUUCACACUUUCUCCCUUUCCGAAGCCCUGUGCCCUCACUGUUAGCAGCAGUUUGGUCACUUACAAAGAUCCCUCGGGUGCCCGGCGAACCUGCAGCCCCUGGCAGAGCUCUCCCAACUUUUGAGAUUAAUGACACAAAACCAUUUUGCAGGGGAGCCUCACCAAAAUAUCAUAAACACCCAGGGAAGGGAGAAAAGGUUCCAUCUUUCAGUUGGCUUGAUUUUUUUUUGUUUUGGUGGGACUUUUUUUCCUUCCUCCUAAAGAUGGGCUUCCUUGUACCCUAAGAGCUAUAAAGAACAGUUCGAACGCGUAUCCACAGAAAACACUCGCCGGCUCCUUUCCCAAGAGGACUUUGAGAGUGCUAAGUCCCCUUUGCAGCUUUUCCUAAAACACGCUCCUCAAAAAGGCCGGCAUAAAGUCAUGCAGCUGAACUUCCAUCCAUCCCCGCUAUUUCGACCCGGUCCCGUUUUAUAGGACAGAUUCAGAGAACCUUUAUUUAGCGAAUAAAAGUUUAAAGCUGAAGGUUAUUUAUGGUUCCACAGAGAUAAGUCCUGAGUGGCUAUUUAGAAGCACGUGAUUCCAAUAAACUUUGUUUUAUGGCUUGAGAGUUGACAAGCCAAAAUAUAAUUCCCACCAUAAAUUAGUUUAAGAGCAUACAAGUGCAGAUGCUUUCGUUCUUGGAAGCAGUAAUCGGGAAAGUGUUAGCAGGGAACCGUCGGCGGAAUGCGACCGUGCAGGCACCUCUGCUCCCGGGUCCCCCAGGCCGCGGGGGGAGCGCACAGUUCUGCAGCAUGGAAGAACAUCCACAGUCCGUGCCCACGGAUUAUCCAAAGGAACCUGAAGAUCCUACUCACACAGUUAAAGUCAAAAAUCAAGAAAAAACCUAAGUUUGGUGAGUUCUCUGAAUUUCCUUUUCCAUCCACGUCUCGCUUUCCCUAUCGCGACAGGCCCGUCGCAGGGAGCACGGCCCAGGCCCGCCGAGCGGGGAGAGCUGCUGGGCGCUCCCGGGGCGCGCCGCCGCCCCGCACUCAGAUAAAGAACAGCCCGCAGAAAGCCCCGCUGAAAGCCGCCCCCGUUCCAGGGAAGCCGAGCCGGGUUGGGGAGCAGCCAACGCCUGGACCCAGCCCCGGAGAGCUGCUGGACCCUUGGGGGGGAUCUGUAGCUGGUUUAAAAGGCCCCACCGCGGCCACCGCUCCGUGUCUCGCAGGGCCCCCCUCGCGCUCCCCAGUGCUCUCAGUGCCCCCAAAGACGAGACAUCCCGCGGCCCGGGCGCAGCCCCAGCUGCCCUGGUGGGUUCCCAGCUGCCCUGCUUGCGGCCGGGUCCGGCGGCGGCUCCAGCGCUUUCCUUAUAUACAGGGCUGCCCCGGGCCGGCGGCCGGGAAACGUGCCGAGCGGGGGAUUCUUUUGCCGGGCUCCCUCCUACGCGCCGGCUGCUUUGCACUUCUGAAAGUGCCGGGGCUUGGGAAGUGUUUUCCUUUUCAUUCCUGGCCGGAGCGUUUACUGCCACGGCGCUAGCAGUCAUAAAUUUUGCUACAACCGCAAUGACAGGUGCAUUGAUAUGCACCCUGAGAGCUCCGGCUGCUUUAAUAACCGCUUCGCUGGCCGCUCUCACCGCCUCUUAUUUAUUCGGUAUCAUAUUAGAUAUUGAUCCGAAGCAGAAUUAAGUGUAGUGGAAGUUUUAGUAGAGAACUGCUUAAUAUGAAAGUGUCGGGAGGAAAGCGCCGGGCAGUGCCGGGCCGGUGUCAGCCUGGGCCAGCCGGGUUCCGCGCACACGCGCGGGUGGAUGCUCGGGCUCCCAGCUGCUCUCCAGGCACAGCCGCGAGAGGGUCGGCAUCCCCCAAGAGCUCUGGAACCAGCGGCAGGACAAAAAGCCCCAUUAUCAUCUACAACGCCUAACAGUUCAGAUGAGGUUAACCUUUCUGGAGCGGAGGAAGGGAAAUCUGAAACACAGACAUGGAUACUUUGCGGUUUCCUACCCUCGGUGCCUGCAAGCCCACCUCCCACGGCUCGGCCUCACCAUUUGGAUGUCACU